GCUUAUUCAAAUGACACUUUUGCCCCACAUAUAAAUAGCGAAAAGGAGGGGUAAAUCUGGUUUCAGUCUCAUUCCAAACUUUCCCUUUAAUCGAAGCUCCGUCGCCAAAUUUUCUUCCCUCCGCCCACACCGCCGCCGAGCCGCCGCCGUUGCUGCCGACGUUGUUUUUCACUCGCCCCCUUUCUCUGGCGAUUACGUCUUCCUUUUCUGACAGAGGAAGCCGGAAUCAUGGUGUAUGUAUAUUGAGCUUAUCAUGGCUUCUAAAGGGUAUAAAUCUAAGCCGGACCAUGAAACACGUGUCCGACGUCAAAAGGGUCUUGAAGCACCUAAAGAACCUCAACGUCUAAAAACACACUGGGAUCAUGUUCUUGAGGAGAUGGUCUGGUUGUCGAAGGACUUUGAAUCAGAGAGGAAGUGGAAGUUGGCUCAAGCAAGGAAGGUUGCUAUACGAGCUAGCAAGGGAAUGCUUGAUCAGGCGACACGGGGAGAAAAGAGAGUUAAGGAAGAAGAGCAACGUCUGCGUAAAGUUGCACUCAAUAUCUCAAAGGACAUCAAAAAAUUUUGGUUGAAAAUAGAGAAGCUGGUUCUUUACAAGCAUCAGUUGGAGCUAGAUGAGAAGAAGAAGAAAGCACUUGACAAGCAGCUAGAGUUUCUUCUUGGACAAACAGAAAGGUACUCAACAAUGCUCGCGGAGAACCUUGUAAGUUCACCAAGUACUUGCAAACAAAAGAAUUCUUUGUCUGCACCAGAAGCAUUGAGAAUCCAGUGUAAAGAAGGGAGUGAAGGGGAUGUAACCAAUCGUGACUGUGUUGGAGAAAAUCUUCAACAUUCAACUGGUAGUGAUAUUGAUGACGACUUUGGUGUGCAAUCUGAAGACGAAAUGGAAGAUGACGAGCAUACUAUUGAAGAAGAUGAGGCUGUUAUAACUAAAGAAGAAAGGGAAGAAGAGUUAGCUGCCUUACAAAAUGAAAUGGAUCUACCUCUUGAAGAGCUUCUUAAGCGUUAUGCAGUUGGGGAAGCUAGCAGAGAUUGUAGCCCUGAGAAGAGUGAUGCAGAUGUUACAGUCAGUUCUGGCAAGGGCAGCGAUAAAUGUAGAGACGUUGAUGUUGCUACUGAGACCGACAAAGGCUGCACACCUGCAAUUUCGGGUCGUCGUUCUGUUGAAAGUAACGGCGUCUUUUCGGUUCCAAAUAUUCAUUAUUCUGACCUAGGGAAAGACAAGCGAAAAAGUCCUCCAAAGAAGUAUCAGGAGUUGCACAGAGUUAAUUUGUUAGGUGAUUUUAAUGAUGAACAGGAUGAUGAUGAUUAUGUCCUUGCUGUUGGUGAAGAUAAAGGAUACAAUAUGGAUGAUGAAACAACUUUGUUAGAGGAGGAGGAGUUGGCAAAGGCAGAGGCAAAUGAUGCUGCAGAUGAGAUUGCACUGUUGCAAAAGGAGAGCGAACUUCCUUUAGAUGAGCUCCUUGCUAGGUAUAAAGAGGAUUUUGAUACUGAUGAAAAUGUGGGGGAUGAUUCUGAAUCAUAUGCGUCUGCUUCUGAUGAUCUUUUGGAAUCACCAGCACACAAUGAAUCUGAACCCAGUCGAGUAAAUGAUGGACCGUGUGAUGUAAUGCCCACUACAGUUGCUGAGAAGGAAGAAAAGGAAGUUGAAGGUGUGGAUAAAACAGAGGAAGAGAGGGAGAGUGAGGAUAUAAUUGCUGAUGCAGCAGCUGCUGCCAGAUCAGCACAACCAACGGGUAGUACCUUCUCAACAACCAAAGUGCGGACUAAGUUCCCCUUCCUUCUAAAAUUUCCCCUCCGUGAGUAUCAACAUAUUGGUUUGGACUGGCUUGUAACCAUGUAUGAGAAGAAACUUAAUGGAAUCCUAGCAGAUGAAAUGGGUUUGGGGAAGACUAUCAUGACAAUUGCUCUUCUUGCUCACCUAGCAUGUGAAAAAGGAAUUUGGGGCCCUCAUCUUAUUGUUGUUCCAACUAGUGUUAUGCUAAACUGGGAGACUGAGUUUCUUAGAUGGUGUCCUGCUUUCAAAAUCUUGACAUAUUUUGGCAGUGCAAAAGAGCGAAAGAUUAAAAGGCAAGGCUGGUUGAAGCCAAACUCGUUUCACAUAUGUAUCACAACUUACAGACUCGUUAUACAAGACUCCAAAGUUUUCAAGCGUAAGAAGUGGAAAUACCUGAUUUUAGAUGAAGCUCAUCUAAUAAAGAAUUGGAAAUCACAAAGAUGGCAGACGCUUCUGAAUUUUAACUCAAAACGGCGUAUUCUUUUGACUGGUACGCCAUUGCAGAAUGAUCUCAUGGAGCUGUGGUCCCUAAUGCAUUUCUUGAUGCCGCAUAUUUUUCAAUCUCAUCAAGAAUUCAAAGAUUGGUUCUGUAAUCCUAUUUCUGGAAUGGUUGAGGGACAAGAAAAGGUAAAUAAGGAAGUUGUUGAUCGCUUGCAUAAUGUCCUUCGCCCCUUUAUUCUCCGCCGUUUGAAAAGGGAUGUGGAGAAGCAGCUUCCUUCAAAACAUGAGCACGUUGUUUAUUGUAAGCUCUCAAGGAGGCAGCGUAACUUGUAUGAAGACUUUAUUGCUAGUUCGGAGACACAAGCCACUCUAGCUAGUUCAAAUUUUUUUGGGAUGAUAAGUGUUAUAAUGCAACUUCGCAAAGUGUGCAAUCAUCCUGACUUAUUUGAAGGACGUCCAAUAGUGAGCUCUUUUGAUAUGAGUGGUAUUCAUAUGCACUUGAGCUCUACCAUUUGCUCGAUGCUUUCGCCUGGUAUAUUUUCAACUGUCAACCUUGUAGCUUUGGGAUUGUUGUUUACACAUCUUGAUUUUUCAAUGACGUCUUGGGAGAGUAAUGAUGUUCAAUCCAUUGCUACCCCAUCAAGCUUGAUUGAGGGUCGUGUGUCUCUGAUUCAUGGUGAAGAAACUUCACAAGGACUUAAACGGAAUAAGAAGUUUCACGGAACAAAUAUAUUUGAAGAGAUCCAAAAGGCACUUGCUGAGGAGAGACUGAGAGAAGCAAAGGAGAGAGCAGCAUCUAUUGCAUGGUGGAAUUCCAUUAAGUGUAAGCGGAAACCUGUAUAUUCUACAAGUAUUCGGGAGAUUGUUACUGUGAAACAUCCAGUCCAUGGCAUUUACUGUCAAAAAAGUAAUCCCUUGUCAUUCUUGUACUCCACUAGGCUUGCGGAAUCAAUACUGUCACCAGUUGAGAGAUUCCAAAAAAUGGUUGAUCAGGUUGAGACUUUUAUGUUUGCAAUCCCUGCUGCACGUUCCCCAGCACCUGCUUGCUGGUGCAGUAAACCAGGAACUUCCGUAUUUUUCAGUCCGACCUUUAAGGAGAGAUGUUCUGAGGUUCUUUCUCCUCUUCUCACUCCUUUUCGUCCAGCCAUUGUUAGAAGGCAAGUCUACUUUCCAGAUAGGCGGCUUAUACAAUUUGACUGUGGAAAGCUGCAGGAGCUUGCAGGCUUGUUGAGGCGAUUAAAAUCAGAAGGUCACCGUGCAUUAAUUUUCACCCAAAUGACAAAGAUGCUUGAUGUUUUAGAAGCCUUCAUUAAUUUGUAUGGUUACACUUACAUGCGUCUGGAUGGUUCUACUCCGCCAGAAGCGAGACAAACUUUGAUGCAACGUUUCAACACGAAUCCAAAGAUUUUCCUUUUUAUUUUGUCAACCCGUAGUGGUGGAGUUGGCAUCAACUUGGUGGGUGCAGACACAGUCAUCUUUUAUGAUAGUGACUGGAACCCAGCGAUGGAUCAACAGGCUCAAGAUCGCUGUCAUAGAAUAGGCCAGACUCGUGAAGUACACAUUUACCGGUUGAUAAGUGAGAGCACAAUUGAAGAGAAUAUUUUGAAAAAGGCAAACCAGAAGCGUGCUCUGGAUGAUUUGGUUAUACAGCGUGGAAGUUACAACACUGAAUUCUUCAAGAAGCUGGAUCCAAUGGAAUUGUUCUCAGGCCACAGAACAGUUUCCUUAAAGAAUAUUGAAGUAGAGAAGAAUAGCAAUGUCACUGAGGUUCAGCUUUCUAAUGCUGACGUGGAGGCUGCUCUGCAAAAUGUAGAAGAUGAGGCAGAUUACAUGGCUCUGAAGAAAGUUGAAGAGGAAGAGGCAGUAGACAAUCAGGAGUUUACUGAAGAAGCAAUUGUCAGGUUGGAAGAUGAUGAACUUGGUAAUGAUGAUGAGACGAAGGCUGAUGAGCCUGCUGAUCAUGAAGCCCUAGUUACAACAUCAAGUAAAGAACUUGUGGCAGAGGGAAAUGUUAGCAAUCCAUUAAAAGAACAAGCAAUUACUUUUGCUGGUAAAGAAGAUGACAUUGACAUGCUGGCCGAUGUCAAACAGAUGGCAGCAGCAGCAGCUGCUGCCGGACAAGCUAUCUUGUCUUUCGAGAGUCAGUUACGUCCAAUUGAUCGGUAUGCUGUUCGUUUUCUGGAGUUAUGGGACCCUAUCAUAGACAAGACAGCUAUUGAGUCACAAGGUCAUUUUGAAGAAACUGAAUGGGAAUUGGAUAGAAUUGAAAAGUUGAAGGAAGAUAUGGAAGCAGAGAUUGAUGAUGAUGAAGAGCCUUUAGUUUACGAGAGAUGGGAUGCUGAUUUUGCUACUGAGGUAUACAGACAGCAGGUUGAGACUUUGGCUCAGCAUCAGUUGAUGGAGGAACUGGAAGCUGAAGCUAAAGAGAAAGAACUUGCAGAAUAUGAGAACUCCAUGGGGCAUACAUCUUCUGUUCCAAAAACCAAGUCAAAGAAGAAGGCAAAGAAAACAAAGUUCAAAUCUUUGAAAAAAGGAGGUCUAGCUUCUGAACGUCAAGCUUUGAAGGAAGAGUCUUCGAUAGAGUUGAUGCCCAUAGAUGACGAUAUUCUAUCCAGUGAGCCAGUUACGACGCCGGAUUCUGCUCAAGAGAGAAAACGUAAACCAGCAAUAUAUGAUGAGGAUGCAAAAGGCGCCAAGAAGUCUAAAAAGCUGAAGAAGUCUUCUGAGGUAUCUUCUCUGGUACAUUCAACAUAUUAUGGAAAGCGGCAGGUUGAAUCUAAGGAAUUGAAGUAUGAUGUUGGCACCAUGGACAUCGAACUCAGACCAAUUAGCAGAAGCAAGAUGGGAGGAAAAAUCUCAAUCAAUCCAAUGCCUGUAAAGCGAGUUCUUACUAUUAAAUCAGAAAGGCCGAUUAGGAAAGGUAAAACAUGGUCUAAAGAUUAUGUUCCAUCAGCUGAUUCAUGGUUGCCACAAGAAGAUGCUGUACUUUGUGCUUCUGUUCAUGAGUAUGGUCCUCACUGGAGCUUGGUGAGUGAUAUCUUGUAUGGAGUGACUGCUGGCGGAGCUUAUAGAGGAAGAUAUCGUCACCCUCUUCAUUGCUGUGAGAGGUUUAGGGAACUCAUACAGAGAUAUGUGUUAUCUGCCGUAGACAGUGUUAAUGAUAGAUCCAACAAUACUGGCUGUAUGAAAGGUCUUCUCAAAGUGACUGAGGAAAAUGUCCGACUGGUGUUGGAUAUUGCAUCAGAGAUCCCAGAUCAUGAGCGGCUUGUUCAAAAGCAUUUCUUUGCCCUUCUUUCCUCUGUGUGGAAAGUACAGAAAAGCCACACAAAUACAUCCUCAUCUACCCAGAAUGGAUUCUAUCAUUCUGGAAGUUUAUUUACACCAAUUAUGAACCGUGUUUCGACGAAUUGCUCAAUGGGUCCACCUGUAAAGAGGUUUUCUAAUUUAAGUGUAUGUGCCAAGUUAGUAGCAGCUGCUCUCUCUGACCAGCAGAGUGCACAAAGGGAUGAGAGAGUCUCCAUUGGUGACCAGAGAGAAGAAGCUUCUUUUCCUGCUGAGCAUUUGGAUAUUACACUGGAAUUUGGGGCAGAAAAAGAUGAUAAGACAAUUCCCUUGCCAUCUCCCAUUACUGUCAAAAUACUUGGUCCUGAAUCUCCAGUGUCUCCAAGAAUGACAAUAGCUGACCAUCAUCAUUUCAAGUCUUCCCACAUUAUGGCUGAAAACCGAUUCUGGGCUGCAUCAAGUAGUGAAGGCUGUUUAGAUUGGGCUUCCCUUGCUUUCCCUAUUGGGGAUGCCAAGUCACGUACUCCAGUGAAAUCACAAUUUCUGGGGAAGCAUAAGCCCUCUGAUUCAGUGAAGGUUUCGAAAUCUAAGUCCAGAAAGAUUUCAAUCGAAUCUAGUGAUGUUGGCCGGACCAAGGAUCUAGUGUUGCCGCCAGUGCCAUCUGUAUCUAAUGAUUCCUAUCCAACAGCUGAUGUGGGAUUAUCAUUUCUUAUAGAAAGUGGAAAUGAUUUUGAAGAUAGGACCAUGUUAGACCUAAAUUCGGAAUUUAAUGCGGGGAGUGAGGAUGUAUUCCGACAUGAAUAUGUUCCUGACUUUAUAUCGGGACUUGAUGAUUGGUCAGUGUUUCCGGAGUUCACAGAUAUCGGGUAGCUAUCAAAAUGUGAACUAUGAUAUCACCUGAUCGUCUAAGGUGGCAAUUUGCUCUCAAAAUUGGAAGCAAGCAUGUCUUGGGCACCAAGGCUUGGAAUCAUGAAGGUGCUCUCGGGGGUUCGAUAAGGGGGGGAAGAUCUCGUUUGUUAGAUGCCGAUGAAGAGACAAUUGGUUUGCCAUGGCAGCACUUAUACAUGCCUGGACAUUGAUGGUCAGAGGUAUUUGUUGGACGUGAUAGACGUAGGGAUGCUCUGCAUAGGAAAUGUAAAAAAUUAGCAAUUCAUGUAAAGUAGGGGUGUAGGCUGCUUAAUUUUUUCAUUAGUGGGAAAUCUGUGCUUGCAAAUUUUGGAGGAUGCAGUCAAAUUCAUUUGUGUAGGCACAUUUCCCUCUUAGAUUUCGGCAAAAAUGUAGUGGUUUAGUUAUUGAAAUGAAAAGUUAUUUCUACA